CACACACACACAGACAGACGGUUAAAUUCGUUCCCGGGAUCCGCAUCUCUACUCCUCGUUUCUCGGAGAAUUGGAGCGGGAGCUGCGGACAGAGGGCCGGAUUCGGGCCGAGGGCGGGGGGAAUGAGCCGGGACUCGGGCGCUUCUCCCUGAAGAAGCGUGUCGGAGCCCCAUGCUGGCGAGCGCCUGACUGCGAGCGCCUGAACACGAGCCACAUCAUGGCCGCUCAGGUGGCCAGCGCCGCGGCGCUCAGCUCCAGCCCGCCGGCCGAGCUCAAGAAGCCCGAGCGGGAGCCCCUGGACGACUCGGCGCCGGGCGACAAGCAGCAGGAGAAGCAGGAGGCGGGAGGGGACGGCGGCUCUCCGGCGCACAAGGACGCGCAGGACGGGGCCGAGCCUGGCGGCGCAGGGGGAGGCGGCGGCGGAGAGUCGGACAUGAAGAACGGCAACGGCACCCCGGGCCGGCUCGGGGGCGGCUCCCACGGCGACUCGGCCGGCGCGGAGGCAAGCGGGCAUCCCGGCGCGGCCCUUCACCACCCGGGCGCCUUUCCUCCGCCUCCAUACGGCUACGGGCAGCACUACAGCCGGGCCCCUUUUCAUCAACAUGGCGGACAACAAAGCCCUGGCAUGGCCGCGACCGCGCAGCCCGUUCCUGCCGCCGACUCGUACCCGGGCAACGCGCACGACUUCCCGAACCACCAGUUCAACAGCUACGGCGCCUUCCCGAACCGGUCUCCGUAUCCGGGCGCGGGCUACGCGGUGAGCUCCCCGAGGAGCGGCCCGCCGGGGCAACAGCCGGCUAAGCAGCAGCAACAGGCCGCCAUGGGCACCUCGUACGGCGGAGGAGGAGGAGGACAGCGCUUCAGCGCUACGACUAACCCUCCGCCCGCGGCCACACCAACUCCGACCCUUAACCAGCUGCUCACGUCGCCCAGCUCAACGCGGGCCUACCCGGGCUACCCAGCGAGCGAGUACGGCGGCACCCCAGAGGGGCCCGGCAAGGAGAUGGGCGGCAGCGGCGGCGGGCCGUACGGAGCCGGGAGCCACCCGGCUUGGCAGCAGAGGAGCCACCACGGGCCGCCCAUGAGCCCGGGCAGCACGGCGCCGCUGCUCGGCAGGACCCAGCAGCAGCCAUCCAGCCCCAUGGACCCCAUGGCGAAGAUGCGCAGCCAGUCUUACGGAGCUGCCAACCCGUACUCUCAGCAACCGCAGCAGGGCCCAUCUCCCGGGUCCCAGCAGGGGGCGUCCUACCCCGGGCAGAGCUACGGGCCGCCUGCUCCGCAGAGGUAUCCCAUGGGCAUGCCGGGCCGCAGUCACGGGGGCAUGGGCACCGUGAGUGGCAUGCAGUACAGCCAACAGAUGGCUCCCUAUGGGCAGCAGAGCCCUGCCUCCUACUACAGCCAGCAGGGUGCCCCCCCACACAGUGGCCAGCAGCAGGUGCCCUAUGGCCAUCAGUCCCAUCCGGCUCAGGGCUCAUCCCAGCAUGGCCAGCAGGGGUUGCCCUACCCACAGUCUCAGGGCCAGGCUCCCUACGGCCAGCAGCAGCAGGCACCCUACGGCCAGCAGCAAGUGCCUCCGGGACAGGUACCCCCGCAGCAGAACUCCCAGGCUCCUGGAGGGCCCCUGACCCAGCCAGGCUACCCUCAGCCCCCCCUGCAGCAGCAGCCGGCACCGGCACCUUCCCAGCAGCCUCCAUCACAGACCAUGGCCCCUACCUCACAGACGCAGCAGGCCCCAGGGCACGCCCCACCCCUGCAGGGCCAGCCGACACCCUAUUCACAGACUCCGCCUCUGCAGCAGCAGCAGUCUUCUUUCCAGCGUUUCCCCCCUCCACCCCAGGAGCUGUCCCAGGACUCGUUCGGCUCCCAGUCCAGCGCUCCGCCUUCCAUCCAGCCCAAGAGCGGCCCUGAAGAUGGGCUGUCAGGCCGCCCUUCCAGCCUUCCGGACCUGUCGGGCUCCAUCGACGACCUGCCCACGGGCACAGAGGGAGCGCUGAGCCCUGGAGUGAGCACCUCGGGGGUGUCCAGCAGCCAGGGAGAGCAGAGCAACCCUGCGCAGUCACCUUUCUCCCCUCACACCUCCCCUCACCUGCCUGGUAUCCGAGGCCCCUCUCCAUCCCCCGUCAGCUCUCCGGCAAGCAUCACACAGUCGCGCUCUGGCCCCCUCUCACCUGCUGCUGUGCCAGGGAACCAAAUGCCCCCCCGACCCCCCAGUGUUCAGUCUGAUGGGAUUCUGCACCCGUCCAUGAACCAGUCUGCGAUGGGACAGGACAGAGUGUUUAUGAGGAACCCCCAGAUGCCCCCAUAUGGGUCACCGCAGCCCAGCUCUGCCUUGUCUCCACGUCAGUCCUCAGGAGGACAGAUGCAUGCUGGGAUGGGGUCCUACCAGCAGAACAACUCCAUGGGCAACUACGGGCCACAGGGGGCCCAGUACGGACCACAGGGGUAUCGACAGACUGGCUACAGCACAAUGCCAAACUCCACCUACCCAGGACCUGGCAUGGGGGCCCAGGGUGGGGGUCCAUCUUACACUGGCAUUCCCCCAGGCAGGAUGGGCCCAGGGCAAAUUUGCACACGCUCCUAUGGGCCGAACGCGGGUCCCAGUAUGGGGCCUAACAUGGGUCCGAAUAUGGGCUCCAGUAUGGGCUCCAGUAUGGGUCCCAACAUGGGCAACAUGUCCUCUCAGAUGGGUUCAAUGAUGUGCCCCCCCUCGGGGGCUCUCAACAGGAAAGUGCAGGACUCCGCUGCCAUGCAGCACACCAACAACAAUUCCAUGCACAACAGGCCACCCAGCUAUCCCAGCAUGCCUCAGGGUAUGAUGGGUGGUGGCGCUCCCUCUCCCUAUACGCCAGCCAUGAACAGUAUGCCAGGAAUGAUGAACCUGCAGGGUGGUCCGUACCCCAUGGGGGGCUCCAUGGCCAACAGCGCUGCUGGAAUGGCGCCCAGCCCAGAGUUCGGCCUAGAUGGGAAGCUGAAUCCUGCUCAGAAGAUGAACAACAAAGUGGACGGGACACCAAAAAACGAGUCCAAAAAGAAGUCCAGCUCUUCCACCACCACCAACGAGAAAAUCACGCGGCUGUACGAACUAGGCCCCGAACCGGAGCGCAAGGUCUGGGUGGACCGGUACCUGGCGUUCACUGAGGAGAAGGCCAUGGGCAUGAGCAACUUACCCGCCGUGGGCCGCAAGCCGCUUGACCUCUUCCGCCUCUACGUCUCUGUCAAGGACAUUGGAGGCCUCACACAGGUAAACAAGAACAAGAAGUGGCGGGAGUUGGCGACCAACCUGAACGUGGGCACGUCGAGCAGUGCCGCCAGCUCGCUCAAAAAGCAGUACAUCCAGUGUCUGUAUGCAUUUGAGUGCAAGGUGGAGCGUGGUGAGGACCCCCCGCCCGACAUCUUCACAGCCGAUGCCAAGAAGAACCAGGCCAAGAUCCAGCCUCCAUCGCCAGCGGGGUCUGGCUCUCUGCAGGGCCCCCAGACCCCCCAGUCCACUAGUAGCUCCAUGGCAGAAGGCGGAGACUUGAAACCCCCGACCCCGGCCUCCACCCCACACAGCCAGAUGCCCCCCAUGCCGGGGGUCAGGAGCGCAGCGGUUAGUCUGCAGGACCCUUUUGCAGAUGGCAGUGAUUCCGCCUUCCCCAGGCGCAACUCUGUGACACCCAACUCUGGUUACCAGGGUGGUGUGGCCCCCCCCGACAUGAUGGUGCGGAUGGGCCCCUAUGAGCCCAACAAAGACCCGUUCAGUGCCAUGCGCAAAGGUGGGGAGCAGUUCAUCAGCUCUGCCCAGGGCCCCGGUGGCAGCAUGGGAGAGCAGUACGGCAGAGGGCCUGCAGGGCCGAUGGGGAGCGUGCCGAUGGGCCAGCGACAGCAGUAUCCCUAUGGACCGGGCUAUGACCGCAGCAGACAGGAUCCAGCAAUGGGCCCCGAUGCCCCUGUGGGACCUGGAGCCACGCAGACGAACCUGAUGCCUUCAAAUGCCGACACGGGGAUGUAUUCACCUACCCGCUGCCCUGCGCAGCAGCAGCAGCGGCACGAUUCCUAUGGAAAUCAGUACUCUGGCCAAGGAGCGCCCCCUGGUGGUUCUUACCCCACCCAGCAGCAGGGAACGUACCCCCAGCAGCAGCCAGGUUACAAGAGGGCUGUGGAUGGUGGCUACGGCCCCCCAGCUAAGCGCCACGAGGCGGACAUGUACAGUGUUCCAUUCACUGGCCAACAACAGCCUCAGGGUCCCCAGUCGGCUGCCCCGCCCUCUCAGCCGGACAUGUACAACCAGUACAACUCGUACCCCGGGCCAGACCGCCGGCCUUCUGGCCCUCAGAACCAAUUUCCCUUCCCCUUCAGCCGGGACCGGGUGCCAGCCCCCAGCGGGCCAAACUCGCAGCCCUCUGUGCCUCUGCAGAUGAUGAGCGGUUCCAUGGCGCCAGGCCCAGAUGGCUCUCAGGGGCCCAUGUGGCAGAGCCGUGGUGACUUGAACUUUGCCAGCUUCCCCAACCGGCAGGGUCCGAGUACACCAGCCCCGGGUCCCGGCUACCACGCCGUGAAUCGCUCGGAGGAGAUGAUGCCCCCUGAGCAGCGCGUGAAUCACGAUGGCCAGUGGACCGGCCAUAGCGGGCAGCGACAGGCGCCUUACGUACCGCCCAUGAGCCGCCCCCUGCAGGCAGGCUACCCUCCAGCACAGGCCAUGCAGAACCACAUUCCACAGGUGUCCAGCCCUGCUCCCAUGGUUCGGCCCACCGAGAGCCGCACGUCCCCCAGCAAGUCAUCCUACCUGCACAUGGGUAUGAAGAUGCAGAAGGCUGGCCCGCCUAUACCCGCUGCCCACAUCGGCCAGGCACCAGCGCAGCCCCCGCUGAUUCACCGCGAGGUGUCCUUCCCCGCUGGCUCAGUGGAGGCCACGCAGCCUGUCCUGAAGCCCUGGCGGCGCCUCACUAUGAAGGACAUUGGAACCCCGGAAGCAUGGAGGGUGAUGAUGUCACUCAAGUCAGGCUUGCUUGCUGAGAGUACGUGGGCCUUGGACACCAUCAACAUCCUGCUGUAUGAUGACAGCAGCAUCUCCACCUUCAGCCUCUGCCAGCUCCCUGGCUUCCUUGAGCUAUUGGUGGAGUAUUUCCGUCGCUGCCUCAUUGAGAUCUUUGGCAUCUUGAAGGAGUAUGAAGUGGGCGACCUGGGACAGUGCACCCUACUGGACCCCAAUGCUCUCGACCGGGAAGAUUCCGAGGAGGAGGUUGAGCCGGAAUGCUCUGAGGAGGAUGUGGAGGAAGACGAGGAGGAGGAGGAUGAGCCGGAGCAGAUGGUGGAGAAACAGCAGCAGACUGCGCUCAAGCUGAAGCAGGAGAAGGAUGAGAUGCCGCAGAGCUAUGUGUCGGAGGACUGCGAGGAAGGUGGCUCCUUGACAAAGGAGAGCACCUCAGCUUCCGUUCCCCCCGAGCCACGUAGCCCCAAGGAGAAGCUGCAGCAGGCCAGCAGGUUUGACAGGCUGCCCGUCAAGGUGGUGCGUAGGAAGAAGCCCUUCGUAGGCAGCUGCUCCAGCAGGAUGGGCCGCCACCAAUGCUUCGACAGCGGGCUCCUGCACUGGAGUGCGGGCGGUGGCGACACCACAGCGCAUAUCCAGGCCCACUUUGAGAGCCGCGUUGACCUGCUGCACACCUGCCGGCGUCAGAAGAUGCUGCUGAUGGAGCCCAAGACGGCUCAUCUAAUACGUCAGGAGGGGCAUGUCACGGCCACAGCAGGUGACACGCUGUUAGGCCCUGCGCUGCAGUCCGACCGGCACCAGGGCAACGGCAAGUUGGUCCUCGGUGCGAGUUCAGAACAGCAGAACUGCCACCGCAUUGUGGUCCUGGAGGACGAGCCUCACAGCCGGGAUGAGGCGCCACUGGUGAUGCUGGAGGACUGGCAGGACGAGCUGGCGCGCCGCUGUGUGUGCAUCUCCAACGUGCUCCGCAGCCUGUCCUUUGUUCCCGGCAACGAUCUGGAGAUGUCCCGGCACCCGGGCCUGCUGCUGCUGUUGGGCCGCCUGCUGCUGCUGCACCACCGGCACCCUGAGCGCAGGAAGGCUCCCCUCACGUACGAGAAGGACGAGGAAGGCGAGGAGACCACGGGUGCCGGACACAACGAGUGGUGGUGGGACUGCCUGGAGCUGCUGCGUGAGAACUGCCUUGUCACGCUGGCCAACAUGUCGGGCCAGCUGGACCUGUCUCUCUACCCCGAGAGCAUCUGCCUGCCGCUUCUGGACGGCCUACUACACUGGGCCGUUUGCCCAUCGGCUGAGGCGCAGGACCCCUUCCCGACACUGGGCCUCGGCGGCUCGCUGUCCCCCCAAACGCUGGUCCUCGAGACCCUCAGCAAGCUCAGCAUCCAGGACAACAACGUAGACCUCAUUCUGGCCACGCCGCCCUUCGGCCGCCUGGAGAAGCUGUACGGCUGUCUGGUGCGGCUCGUGGGCGACCGGAAGGCAACUGUGUGCCGUGAGAUGGCGGUGGUGCUAUUGGCCAACCUGGCGCAGGGCGACAGCCUGGCGGCUCGAGCCAUCGCUGUCCAGAAGGGCAGCGUGGGCAACCUGUUGGGCUUCCUGGAGGACAGCCUAGCCGCCACGCAGUUCCAGCAGAGCCCGGGGUCGCUGCUGCAAGUGCAGGAGGGACCGUUCGAGCCCACCAGCAUGGACAUGAUGCGGCGAGCGGCCCGCGCUCUACACGCCAUGGCGCAGGUCGAGCAGAACCGCGCAGAGUUCACACUGUACGAAUCGAGGCUGCUCGACAUCUCUGUGUCGCCUCUCAUGAACUCGCUGGUGGCCCACGUUGUCUGCGACGUGCUCUUUCUCAUUGGCCAGUCGUGACCCCUGUGGGAGCUCGUUCUGGUGUACUCUUUCCGAUUGGCUGGCUGCGUGCGACCUCUGCUGGAGAUGGCUUCUGAUUGGCCGGCUGUGACCCCUGCGGGCAGCACCUCUGGAGUUGUACACGCCCAGUUUCCCCCUCCAUUUGUCUGGCUGUGUGUGCAAGCAGAGAGCAGAACUGCAUCUUUUGUCUUUUUAUUGUUAUUUAUGCAGAAACACCUCAGAUUCAAUUUACCUUUCUGACCUGCUUCUCACCGAGGGAAGAACUUGAUGAAGGACAUGUGGACUUGGACCGAGACGUUGGGUUCAACAGGAGAGUAUCGCUCUCGCAGAUGGAGCAAAUGGUUGUGCGCUGGGGAUGGCACCCUGGGGAUUGUGCUGCCUAACAGGAAACUGUUUUUAUUAUUAUUUUUUUUUUUUUUUAAUUUUUAAAAAAAAAAAAGAUUUAAAAAGGAAAAAUAAAAAAAACAAAAAAAAAAACAAACUGUAACCAAAGUUGCUGUCUUGUUUACAGUGAAUUUGGGGGACAGCUGUGCUGUGGUGCCCUGUGGGGGGGGGGGGGGGUCCCGAGAAGAGGAAUGUGGAGCAACUGACUUUAAGGUUCAUGCCAGGAGGGCAGAUGGAGCCAUGCAGUGCUGUAAAAUGCUGUGACGUAUGGGAUGCAGGGAGCAGCCGUGAGCAGAUCCCACUGCCACCGCUGCUGCGUGGAAGCCCUCCUCCCAAGAUUGUAGAAGCAGAAGACUUUUCUGUACUGUACAACGUGCAGAGAAACUGUAUGCAUACUGUAAUAACACUGUUUCACACUGAGAAAUGCUGCCUCAGUGACAGAACUGUAGUUUUUAAAAUGUUUUUAGUGAACGUUGAGCAGAAAGACAAAGGCUUCCCCCCCAAAGUAUUGUGAACCUACAACACCCUGACCUCUUGCCCCGUCCUUCGACUGUAAGAAUUGUCCCUGGGGAAGAACGACCUCUGAGGACUGACUGCCGAUGUGAUGCCGAUGCGGUGCGUGCGUGCGUGCGUGCGUGCGUGCGUGCGUGCGUGUGUGUAUCCUGUUGUACAUGACACACUCUCUCACUUUGUCACCUUCUGAAAACCUUCACCGUUUUUAAUCGUUGAUGAAUAAAAAGGUUGCACACAAGUGAAGUGUUACGCGUCCCCCCAUGUGCUGAUUUAAUCCCUCCAAAAGUCCCCCCCCAGAUGAGCGUACGCCCGCAGGGCGGAAGGGGGCGUCCCGCAGCCGCGCCCCCCACCCUCAGGUGCUAAGGCUCCUCGUAGUGAGGCGUGGUGGCAAGAGAAGAGGAGGCACGAUGGCCCUGGUGCUCAAUUCAGCUCUUGGUGAGCCUCCCGACGACACGAUGAAGAAAAUGGGAUUUCUCCACUGAGAAGAAUUCUGCCUAUUUGUAUUACAGAUGAUGUAGCUAAUGACUCGCUUGUAAAUUCCUCUUUUUCCUUUUUGGGCGCAAUGAAUCUCAUUUAUUCAGUAUGAAAUCUUUAUACUAUAUGGUCCACGUGUUAAGAAUAAAUGUACAUUAAAUCUUCUUAAGAGGUUUGUGAUGGAAUUAUU